CUCCAGUCGGUGUGCGCCGGGCGGCCGGGUCGCUUCUGUUUGCAGUUGCCGCGGAGGGCAAGGAUCCGGGAGCCGGGCAGGGGCAGCGCUUAGAGCGGCGGGGCCAGGAGGUCAGGCCGGAGGUUUAGGGCGGCGGGGCCAGGAGAGUUGGCGGCCGCGCCGUCGGUGCCGCGCCGAUCCACGCCCGGAGCCUGCAUGGGGCGGCGACGCUGAGCCCCAGCCACCCCACUGCCGCUGCUGCCGCCGCGCUCCCGCCAUGGCCGAAGCACCGCAGCUGGUGGACAUCGACCCCGACUUCGAGCCGCUGCCGCGGCCCCGCUCCUGCACCUGGCCUCUGCCGCGGCCGGAGUUCAACCCGCCCAGCUCGGCCACCUCCAGCCCGGCGCCGUCGUGCGGCGGGCAGCCCGAGGGGGCGGCCGGGGCCGCGGCCGGGGCCGCCGCCUCUGGAACGCUGAGCGCCGACUUCAUCAGCAACCUCAGCUUGCUAGAGGAGAGCGAGGACUUCGCGUCACUGCCCCCCGCCACUGCCCCCCCGGAGGCGGCCGCCUGCCGCUGCGGGGACUUCCCGGCGCCCGAGGCCGGCUGCCGCCUCCACCCGCCGGGACCGCCGCCGGUGCCGCCGGUGCCGCCGCCCGUGGCCGGUCUGUCACCGGGCCCCGUGGCCGGGCAACCCCGCAAGAGCAGCUCGUCGCGUCGCAACGCCUGGGGCAACCUGUCCUACGCGGACCUCAUCACCAAGGCCAUCGAGAGCUCCCCUGAGAAGCGGCUCACCCUCUCCCAGAUCUACGAGUGGAUGGUCAAGAGCGUCCCCUACUUCAAGGAUAAGGGCGACAGCAACAGCUCGGCCGGCUGGAAGAAUUCAAUCCGUCACAACCUGUCUCUGCACAGCAAGUUCAUCAGAGUGCAGAAUGAGGGAACGGGGAAGAGUUCCUGGUGGAUGCUCAAUCCUGAAGGAGGAAAGAGUGGCAAAUCUCCUAGGAGGCGAGCAGCGUCCAUGGAUAACAACAGCAAGUUUGCCAAGAGCAGAGGCAGAGCUGCCAAGAAAAAAGCAGCCCUUCAGUCUGGUCAAGAGGGAAAUGGUGACAGCCCUGGAUCACAAUUCUCAAAGUGGCCUGCAAGUCCCAGCUCUCACAGUAACGAUGACUUUGAUAACUGGAGUACAUUUCGACCUAGAACCAGCUCUAAUGCUAGUACAAUUAGUGGAAGACUUUCUCCUAUUUUGCCGGAGCAAGAUGAUCUUGGAGAUGGGGAUGUGCACUCCGUGGUAUACCCAUCAUCAGCCACCAAAAUGACUUCUACUCUACCCAGCCUUUCAGAGAUGAGUAAUUCUGAGAACAUGGAAAAUCUUUUGGAUAAUCUUAAUCUCUUGUCACCUAAUACAUCAAUGACUGUGUCAACCCAGUCUUCAUCUGCUACCCUGAUGCAGCAAACACCAGGUUACUCGUUUGCGUCCUCAACCACAAGUAUAGGCUCACCAAAUCCAGACUACAGGAAAUUUACUUAUGCUCAAGCUAGCAUGAACUCUUUGUCCCAGAUUCCUAUGCAGACUCUCCAAGACAGUAAAUCAAGCUAUGGAUCGAUGAGCCAAUAUAACUAUCCUGGACUUUUGAAGGAGUUACUGACUUCCGAUUCUCCACCGCACAAUGAUAUCUUGGCAUCAGUAGACACUGGUGUUUCCCAGGCUGGUGGCAGGGUGCUGGGCCAAAGUGUGCUGAUGGUCACUAACUCGGUGAUGCCAACUUAUGGCAGCCAACCACCCCACAACAAAAUGAUGAAUCCUAAUGCCCGCCCUCACCAAGGACAUAACCAGCCAACACCUGCAGUUAAUGGCCGUGCCUUGUCACACACAGUGAACACCAUGUCACACACUUCAGGUCUAAAUCGCUUGUCAACAGUGAAGACUUCGUUACAAGUGCCUAUGAGUCACCCAAUGCAGAUGAAUGCUAUGAAUCCGUAUGCCCCUGUUAACAGUUGCAACGGCUAUGGAAGGGUGGGAAUUGUUUCCCUCCACCAGGAGAAGCUUCCCAGUGACUUAGAUGACAUGUUAAUUGAACGGUUGGAUUGUGACAUGGAGUCGAUUAUCCGUAAUGACCUUAUGGAUGGAGAAACAUUAGAUUUUAACUUUGACAGUGUAUUGCCUAACCAAAGUUUUCAGCACAGCGUAAAGACAACCACACACAGUUGGGUGUCAGGCUAGGAUGUAGUAGGAGGCUAUGGUUAAAUUCUUCAGACUUGUCUGACAGCAGGAACUGAGAAAAGCAGUACAAAGAUGUCCUUCACCUUUCUUUUUAAUUUUCUUGACAAAGUUGUGCGCAUGCACUGACUUUUUUGGGGGUCUUUUUUUUUUUCUUUUUUCUUCCUUUCGUCAGAGUUGGCAGCAGAGAGAGUGUUUUCCUGUACAGGAUGUUUGCCCAAGGUUUGCAGGUUAUGUGCUGCUGUAGAUAAGAACUGUGCCAUUGGAAAUUUCAUUACUCUGAAGUGCCAAAUUCACUACACCAUAUAAUCACAGCAAAGACUCCUACUUACAUCAUGUCGUGCUUUCGAUUUUGUACAGUGUGAUCUAUAGAAGAAGAAUUGUUUUCUAAGACUAUCUGUUUUGGUCCAAGAAAAAUUUAUAAACUUUUGUAAGAAUACUGUGAUGAUCUCAUGCCCUAAGUGAGUUUAACCUUUGUUGAUGUUACCUGUGUUUUGAUGAAUUGAGAUAACUGUGGACUUGCCUUGCAGCAGUAUGAACUACAUUAUUUUACUCAAAAUUGCCACACAUUUCAUAUGGGAAUAGAAUAGCCUGUUAAAUAUGAUCCUACUAAACUCAUUGACUUUUCAAGGCAAACAGUAGGUUAAAUGCCAUUUGGUAAGUUAUCUGUAUUCGUGUAAAUUUAUGCAAGAAUAUAUUUCAUUGUCAGACUAAUGACUUUAUUGUUGGGCUUAAGAUAAUUUUUGGAAUACUUUCCAAACUAUUUUUCUUAUAAUUAAAAUCUACUUUUGUUACAUAGGCAACUUAAAAAAAAAAAUAAAUCUGAGAUCUGGCAGCAUUCAUAACCUCUCAAUUUUGUACAGUAUUUUAACUGGAUUAAGUACAUGUUUUUAUAAAUUUCCAUAGCACUUGGGAGUGCUAAUAAAGAAAAAGCUUAAUAAGGAUCUUGAAUACAAAACAUUUCUGUUUUGACAUCCCUUUUUUUUGUUGUGUGAUGUAUAAAUAUAGACAACUUUAUGUUUAGAAAGUAUUUAAUCAGUUUUAUAUAUGCAGUUUUAGAAAUGUCAUCUGCUUUUAUUAUCAUUUUCACUCUGACUACCACAAAGUGUUAAGUAUUCAUUGUUAAGAUGCUUGUACAAUGCUUCACAUUUAUAUUUAUUUCAUGGAGGUCUCAUAAUGUUUGUGCACUCAAGAGCAGGACCUUUUUGUGGAAAAUUCAUAAUUGUAGUAAAAUUAACGAAAAAAUUGUCAUUUGUCAUAAUUAGCACUAGUUUUGGGGUUCAUCAGUGUUUCUGUUGUAAAGUAGUACAUUUGAAGAGGAAAGAAUGCUACCUUUGAGUGGGAGGCUAAAAUUUCCGUGACGCCUUUUUGCAAGACAAAACAUUAUGUUGUCUUUUUUUUUUUUUAAUAAGAAAGAUAAAGUAAGUGGCAAACAUACAAAUGCAUGAGCUUUAGGGUAGGGGAAAGCAUUAAUGAGAGAGAUCUUGUUUCUGUGGAAAAACUUGCUCUUGUUGGAGUAGGCACACUGACAGCUACCAGAGCAUUUUCAGGAGUGGGUUUUGGAAUACAUGACUUCUGAUUUUUUGUAAUUGCACGAUGCAGUUUUUAUGGAUGUGUGGAUAACAGGCCUCACCUGUCUUUUCACUGGUUGCUACACAACAUUUGUGUUAUAGAAAUCCUUGGAGUUUUUUUAUGCACUGACAGGAUGAACAGCUUUUGUGCUAGGACUGGCUUUUCUUUUGUCUAAAUGGCUCAUAACUGGAAAACAUUCUAAUUGAAAUUUAUCUUCCCUGUAGUAAUGGUGUAUGGUGCAGAAAGAAACAGGAUGUGCCAAGUAAAUGAAAUUUAGUAACAAGCUAUAUAUUUAAUGAUCCUGUUAUGACUUUCCUAGGGCUCUGCAAUGUAUUUAUUGAUGUGCUAGCAUUUAGCUCCCUACUGGGCUUAAAUCACUACUAAUUACAGCUGGUCCUACUUUUUUAGAUAUACUAUUAUGGUUGUCAGCAGUUCCAGAGGCUGAUGUUAAGCUGUCUUGUGAUACAGGAUCUCCCCCAGCGUGAAAUCAGUCUUUGAACUUGUUUUGAGCAAAAUCAAAUGUUCUUAGUGCCACAGCCUCAAUGAAGCCACCUGCUUUUACAGGCAAAUAUCUCUAGUAGGAUCUUCACUAUCAAAUUCAUAAUCUCUGAAAUGUGAUAGUAAGUACUGGCAGUGGAGCAAGUGAAAGUCUCACAUAUAGGUUUCUGAAGAUCCUUCUUCCUGCUGCAUGUGCAAAAAUGUUUACUCCCGAAUAGGCACUGAUACACAUAGGCCAAAGGAGUCGUAAAAUUCACGUCUGCAUGCAAAGAAAGCAGUACUCUAUGGGGAUGCAGCUGAACAUGCUACAUUUAACAAUAUACCUCCUUUUUAUUAUUAACUGCUACUGUAUAACUUCCUGUAAACAUAUAUUUUAUUCAUUUCCUUUUAUAACUAUGAAUAACAUAAAUGUAGCCGUUCCUUAAUUACAACAGUCUGUAGGAAGCCCUUUUAAUUAUUGUGAGAAAACAGUUGUAGGUAAUCAGAGGUUUGGAUGUGUGAUCAAUUUUUUUUUUUUUGGUGGUGCCAUUCUAUUAUUUUGCAAUUGUAAUUCUGGAAUACUGUGAAGUUUGGUGAAGGAGCAUGUUGUCUGCCUUGAAAACAAACAUUAUGUGACCUCUAGUAAUAAAUCCUUUUUCAGUAAAAGUACCAAGUUUCUGGAGUAAUUGUCAGAAUUGUUGUAAAUGAUUGAUUUGUGAAUUGUGCAGAUGAUCUUACCUAUGCAGCCUUGUUUUUGACUUUUCUCUGGUUUGUACUGUUAUUAAAAGUUUAUUGUAUUAUAGAGCUGUUCAGAUAUUUUAAAUAUAAAGAUGUAUGGUUUCCAUAAUAUAGCUAUAUGAUAUAUGUUUAGGUUGUAGAUGCAUUAAUUGGAAAGCUCUGCUUUGAUAAACUGACAGUUUGCCUACACUUAUAAGCAAAAAUCGUAUUGCUUAUUAUUGGCUUAAAUCAACAGAGCAUCCCUGAGAAGUUAAAAUUGGACCAAUUAUAAAACAGUAUAAAAUUUGCACUUGUUAAACCACUGGAUGUAUGUUAGUACUUUUUUAUUUUUUUACUGAUUUGAAAUUCCUAUUUUCAUUAUGAAAUUGCUAGAAUUCUUAAUUUAUGACUGAUUUUAAAUAAGGUAUUCUCAUUAUUAUUAUUAUUAUUAUGGUAAUCAUAAUGUAAGAUGCAGCAUGGUUUAUGCAAGCAAAAAGCAAAUUAUUCAACAUUAAAACUGGCCUCUUUUUUGAAGGUGUUCCACAAACCAGCAAUAUUAUGAAAGAUUGGCAUGUACAUACUGCUAGUUCUAUUUGUGAGUGGUUUGACAGCUCUUCAACGCUUCACUGCUCUGACUUAGUCACAUUGCAAAAUUAAAAUUCCUAUGUGGAUAUUUUCAGAAAAAGUGCCUGAUGUACUUCUACAGACACAUGAGAACAAUCCCUGACAAUUUGUUGUAUAAAGCCAUAAAUGUAUAUAAAUUAUGUUUAAAAGGUUUUGUGUCCUUUCUUGUAUACAGAGAAUGAGAUUUGUACCAAUAUUCUACUUGUGAUUAGUAAUCCUUCUACUCAGACUUUGUUGUAAUCACUUUCCUUACCAUGUAAUCUUUUUAAUGAUGAUGAUCCCAUUUGGACAAUCCUGAUGGCAUUAGCAAUUUUAUACAGAAAAAUACCUCAUGGUACCAAGCUUUGCCUGGUGAGAUGAUAACAUAUUAAUGAGCAAACACUAACUGCAGAAUAGUUAACAAAUUUUCCAUUACUUGGUAUAAAGGAAUUUUUCUCUUUUGGCAUUGCUUCUGGAAUUGGAACUGUAGCAGGUACAGGAACCUAACAGGGCUGUGUUACCAGUGUUCUAUCACAACCUAGUGUGCUAAAAGUAACUUGUUUACAAGUCUUUGAGACUAAACGCAAGAAGAAUCCAUGCCUAACUCCUAGGGCUCAUGAGAUCUUUGUGUAGAGAUGUGUCAUUUGUUACUGGAAGCUGCAUUAGGUGGCAUCAGACCAUGUUGCCAAUGCUUCAGCAAGCGUAGUUCAGAGAAAAUUACAAAAAAGUCCUGAAAUCCUUUCAGAAUGGGUAUUUGUAAGUAUAAGCUCUUAAUAAAAUUGCUAUGACAUGA